AUGAUGAAACCCAGAGGUGACAAUGAUGAUACAAGUACCUGUAGAUCUGAGGAUGAGGACAAGCUGUCACAUAGGCAGCAAUUUCUUGAUGGUCUCACAAAGAGGUCCGAACUUGAAGCCACACAGAUCAUGGGACACAGCACCAAUGAAUCGGAGCGCCACCAUCAGGAGAACCAAAACAUGCCAACAUCUCAGCUUUCUCGAACCAAAUCCAAGAGUCCUCCUCCAUCAAGCUCUACACGUAUGGACAAUUCUUCCUCUUCGGAGAGAGAAAUUUUGAAGGUACCCGACAGGGCCAGCUCAGUAGCAGCCGCAGUAGAGGAAGAAGAUCUGUUUGUAGAAAACAGGACGAAAAUUCCACCCAAUCAAAAUAGGACGGUGGCAACAGUAAAUACAGCCUUUACUACGAAUGAUAUAGAGGAACUGCCACCACCAACUGUGCUGCGUCGACAAACACCCCAACGUGAGCAGUCCUGUCCUGGAGCAUACAUGGUUUCUCCUGGAGAAUCCAUACAACGAACAGAGAAACUCAACUAUGGGAUAUUACGAAAUGUUGCCAAUAGAGUGACUAUGUUGUUGCUCCCUGAUAGAAGUCGUGAUCAGACUGCAUUGGAUGCUGAAGUUUCAGCUGUUGAUCCAACCGAGUCGCAGAGCCCUAAACUCCAGAGCAGGAAGUGUGUUCUGCUUUUGCUUGUUGGGUUGCUUGUUGUGAGUAUUACCAUUGGCGGUGUCUGUGGAAGUGGUGUGUGCAGUGGAGGCAGCAGUGAGCAAGUGGUGCCUACAAUGCCUCCAACCUCACAGAAGUAUUUUGAGCAUCAAAUGGCAAUUUUGGAUUUCUUUGGAGAGGACUAUUUUGAUGGAAUGGAUAUUGCAUCCUCCCAGUACAAGGCCUUGGAUUGGAUAACAAAUGAUCCCAUAGUACCAGAGGAUGAUCAUUUCAUUCAAAGAUAUGUCUUGGCAAUCUUCUACUUCCACACAACCCAGGAGUCACGGUGGCUGCGAUGUAACCAACAGAGCUUAUCCUGCUACGACAUGCAUGGAGAUUUCAUUGGUGUUUUCUGGAUGCAUGCAAGCAAUGAAUGCCUCUGGGGUGGAAUAGAAUGUGAUGAUAAAAGUGGUCAUGUUACAGAGUUGAGUAUGAUAUACAAUGACUUGAAUGGGAAGCUGCCAACAGAGCUGGCUGUUCUCUCCAAGUUGACUGUUCUCAAUCUGAUGGACAACAGACUCACAGGGCCCUUGCCCUCAGAAAUCUACAAGCUUGCUUCAUUGGAGGAACUGAAUUUGAGUGGCAAUUCUCUGUCAGGAGAAAUCAGCACCGAAAUUGGACUCCUGACAAGUCUGUCCAAGGUGGAUCUUUCAAACAAUCAGUUCUUUGGAAUAUUGCCAGAAGAAUUGUCUGCCUUGACAGGGUUGUACCAGUUUGACAUCCACGGAAAUGAUGGCUUGCAUGGCAAGAUUCCUCAAGCUGUAUGCGACAGUGCCAAUAGCCACAAUGAGACUGAAGAAAUAAUAGUCAAGGCAGACUGUGCCGACUUGAGCAGUGGAUAUGAAAGAGUGACCUGCCCAAAGAGCUGCUGCACAGAAUGCUGCUACGAAGGGAAGUGUUUUCCUGCUGAAUGA